CACGCCGCGCACCUCCGCAAUCGCUAUCCCUAAACCCUAGUCCUUCUCCCCAUCCACGCGGGCGAUGCGGAAGAGGUAGCGUCCGAUCCGGCAAUGGCUUGCUGCUGCUUCCGCGCCGCGGCGGCGCCCCGCCUCCUCUUCCGCGCCGGCGCGCGGCGCCUCCCGUUGCCGCUCGCCGUUUCCCGAAGGGCUUUUUCGAAGCAGUCCAUCUUGCCAACCGCCGAUUCGACCGAGAGUUUUCAAGGACCGUCCGUGGAUCAUGCCCCACCGAUUCCACUGUAUGAUGAUAGCAUGCCCUCAGGUGUCUCAACCAUAUUGACGAAUCCUGGCGAGAGUGUUGCUCCUGCUGACCCUUCAAAGAGUAGAAUAAUGCUUGUUGAUGGGACAUCAGUGAUGUACAGAUCCUACUACAAGAUAUUAGCGCAGCUGCAACAUGGUCAGUUGGAGCAUGCUGAUGGAAAUGGCGAUUGGGUUUUAACUAUAUUCAAAGCUCUGUCACUGCUUCUUGACAUGUUGGAGUUCAUUCCAUCUCAUGUUGCGGUGGUGUUUGACCAUGAUGGAGUCCCAUAUGGUAAAUAUAAGGCCAUGCCAUCCAAAGAAUGUCACAUGGCAAAAGGAAUGACUUUUCGACAUAUGUUAUACCCUGCUUACAAGAGCAACCGCACCUCAACACCAGACACCAUUGUUCAGGGCAUGCAAUACUUGAAGGCAUCUAUCAAAGCAAUGUCAAUUAAAGUAAUUGAGGUUCCAGGUGUUGAAGCUGAUGAUGCUAUUGGUACACUAGCUGUCAACAGUGUGUCUGCGGGCUACAAGGUACGGGUUGUCUCUCCUGAUAAAGACUUCUUCCAAAUUUUGUCACCUUCUUUACGUUUGCUGAGGAUUUCUCCACGUGGUUCUGGGAUGGUUUCAUUUGGAGUUGAAGACUUUGUGAAGAGAUUUGGAGCACUAAAACCAUCACAGUUUGUUGAUGUUGUUGCACUUUCGGGUGACAAGGCUGAUAAUAUACCAGGAGUUGAUGGGAUUGGAGAUGUUAAUGCAGUAAAACUGAUAAUUAAGUUCGGUUCCUUGGAGAAUUUAUUGAGAUCUGUGAAUGAAGUUGAGGACGAGCGAAUCAAACAGGCUUUGAUCUCUCAAUCGGAACAGGCAUUACUUUGCAAAAGCCUGGCCAUAUUACGCUGCGACCUUCCGUCGUAUAUGGUUCCUUUCAAGACGCCUGACCUUGUAUUUCAGAAGCCAAAGGAUGACGGAGCCAAAUUCAUAAAUCUCUUGCGAGCUUUGGAAGCGUAUGCAGAAGGAUCGUCAGCAGAUCAAAUCAUCAGAAGAGCAUUGUAUCUUUGGAAUAAACUUGAAUCAUGAUAAUGUCAGAUGUUUGCUGUGGGGUCUGGCAAGAAUGCUUGCUUAAUUGCACGAGAAGACAGGAGACCUGGUGUCGAAACAAUGCCAUUGCCUUGCUUCUGCCUAGGGAGCACCUGGCCAUAUCCAAAAUGAAAUACCUUUUGUUGCUGUCUGCCACAUUUUGCUUCCCACGUCAGCGCUCAAGGAAGAUACAGUGGUGCCUGUUUAGACACUGAUAUUGCGAAACUAACCUAGUUAGCUUUGUAGAUAAACUAUCAUGGGCAAUGGAAAGUGUCGAACCAAAUGAGUUUUUUUUCUAUUUCUGAUUAAGGGGGAUGGGAAGAGGGAAGGAGGUUGAUUCAUUCAUCAUUCAA